ACAAGUUUGUCUGUCAAACGUUCUAUUGCCACAGAGGAAGAGAAGGAUCUUCGGAAAGGGUCCCUAAUUCCGCGAGACCUUUCGAUAUGCUCUAACGCUACUUCGCCUGUGAACUUGGAUAGCCUUUCACCAUUCCUUUCAUCCAACUCAACACAUUUCACCAAAUUUUCUUUAAUCCGAAAAUCUGAUUUGCUUAAAAAAUUAUGCUUGGGGUACUCAUCUAAUUCAACGGACCGGAGAUGAAUGCGAAGUUGUAAAGUGGCUGGGCCUUCGACGUCGACGUUGGAGAGUGCUGGGAUUGUCAACGAUUGACGAUUGGAAAGGGGUGACGAAGGGGUUUCGAUUUUGUAAAUGGAGGAUCAGAAGUCAAAUAAGCUGUUGAUACUCUACGCCUCGCAAACCGGUAACGCAUUGGACGCCGCCGAGCGUGUCGGCCGUGAAGCCGAGCGCCGAGGCUGCCCCGUUGUUAUUCGUUCCAUGGACGACUUUGAUGCUGGAUCCUUGCCUCAAGUGGACACUGCAAUCUUUGUUGUUUCUACCACAGGCCAGGGAGAUACUCCGGAUUCAAUGAAGGUGUUUUGGAGGUUUCUUCUGCAGAAAUCUUUGAAAAAGCAAUGGCUGAAAGGUGUUCAUUAUGCUGUAUUUGGAUUGGGUGAUUCUGGCUACCAGAAAUUCAAUUUUGUUGCAAAAAAGCUUGAUAAUAGACUUUCAGAUCUUGGGGCUAUGGCUAUUGUUGAAAGAGGUUUAGGAGAUGAUCAGCACCCUUCUGGGUAUGAAGGUGCUCUGGAUCCGUGGAUGCAAUCUUUGUGGAGUAGGUUGCAUCAAAUUAAUUCUUCAUUCUUCCCACAAGGUCCAGAUUUUGUGAUACCGGACAUAAAAUUAAUUGGACAACCAAAAGUUCACAUCACAUAUCAUAACAUUGGUAACGCAGAUUCCCGAUUAUCUAUUGCCUCAGAUUUGAAAGGUAUCCGGACACAACUUGAGAGCGCACGUUCCAUGUCUCCUGGAAAAUUCUCCAGUUACAAGAAUAAGCCUGAUUGCUUUCUUAAAAUGGUAUUGGUAGUAUGA